UAAAAGGCCCAAUUCCAUCCUCUGCUCGCGCCACGAAGUUUUGGCGGUUAAAUCUCGACCUCCCUUUCCUAGUUGAUCGACGCCCGCUCUCUAACCUGCGCGCUCGCCGUUUGUGGAACUUCAAUGAUUCAAGCCCUUAAACUAGGGUUAUACUGUUCAAUUACCGGGCGUUUUUCUGCAGCGCAUAGUUGUAGGAUACCUAAAUUCAGCAGCCCUUUUUGCUUGACCUUAAGAAUGGCACCGAAGCGAAACCGUUCAGGUGCACCAGCAUCGGUGGCAGAGGACUCGGGCGAGAAAACUAACAUUGAUGAGCCGACGCUUCGUAAAAAUGCUUCAAAGGCAAGUAAUGGAAAUAGUGGGGUUGUUGAGGAUGAGCCUGUUGUGUUCGACAAAAUGACUCUUCAGCAAAUCAAAUCAACAUUAAGGAGUAAUGGAGUUGAUGGGGAAGGUUCUAAACAUGAAUGUAUAUUGAGGAGUUCAAUGAGGAGUAAAACUGAUGCAGGUGAAUAUUCUUCAGCUCUAGAAUAUCAAACAUCUCUUGAGGAGAAGCCGGCAGUUGCUAAAAGAAAUUCCAAAAGAAAGGCUAAGGGCUUAUCCGAAGAUGAGCCCGUGGAGGUCCCGACCAAGGCUUCAGACAUUUCUGGAGGUCGAAGGUCAAAGAGGCAAGUAAAACAAUCAUCUAAGGACAGUGUCGACAUCACAUUGUCACAGAGUGCCACUGAGCAAGAGUUGAUUGUCAAAUCAACUGAAGUUGGAGGUAAGAAGUCCACUCGAGUGGAGAAGAAGCUCUCUUCAAGGAUCACUAAAGCUGGUGUCACUGAGAAUCUUUCUGUGGAUGAGCCUUGGACUGUGCUCACUCAUAAGAAGCCGCAAAAAGGGUGGACUGGUUAUGAUCCAAAAACCAUGAGACCACCUCCAGUUGCUGCGGAUACACCGCAUAUGAAGUUUUUGUCUUGGAAUGUCAACGGGUUAAGAGCUUUAUUGAAGUUGGAAAGCUUUUCUGCUUUGCAACUUGCACAAAGGGAAGAUUUUGAUGUAUUGUGCCUGCAGGAGACAAAACUACAGGAGAAAGAUGUUAAUGCAAUCAGAGAAACUCUCCUACAAGGUUAUGACAAUAGCUAUUGGACAUGUAGCGUAUCAAAACUGGGGUACUCAGGAACAGCAAUCAUUUCUCGUAUUAAGCCACUUUCUGUGAGAUAUGGUAUGGGCAUAUCAGAUCAUGAUAGUGAAGGGCGUCUUGUCACGCUGGAGUUUGAUAAUUUCUACUUGUUGAACUGCUACGUUCCCAAUUCUGGUGAUGGUCUGAGACGACUGCCAUACAGGAUAGGAGAGUGGGAUACUUCGCUUGGUAACUACAUGAAAGAUCUUGAACAGUCGAAGCCUGUUAUUUUGACGGGUGACUUGAACUGUGCUCAUGAAGAAAUAGACAUUUUUAAUCCAGCAGGAAACAAAAGAAGUGCAGGUUUUACAGACGAGGAAAGAAAAUCGUUUGAAACGAACUUUCUGGGUAGGGGCUUUGUCGAUACUUUUAGGAAACAACACCCUAAUGCUGUCGCGUAUUCGUACUGGGGCUACAGGCAUGGUGGACGACGAACAAAUAAAGGGUGGCGCCUCGACUAUUUUCUCGUCUCAGAAUCGAUUUCAGACAAAGUCCACGACGCGUACAUUCUCCCGGAUGUGGGUGGCAGCGAUCACAGCCCCGUCGGUCUCAUUCUCAAGCUAUAGGUUAGUCAUCGCUCGAUCCUUUUGUAACCUAGUCUCUGUUAAAUAUAAGCACGCCUCCAGAAAUCUGAAUUUGUUCGAAAAUCAUUUCGACGACCUAAAUAUUUGUAAAUAUAGGAAUUCACCAUGUUUUCUGUAAAAGCUUCGACCAUCAUGUUUUGCCUCCA